GCAGCAGCAGCAGCGGGUCCAGGUGUGUUCUCCACAGCAAUGUUUCGCCGGGCAAGGCAGCAGCAUCCGGGUGAGUGCAGCAUGCGCUAAGUGCCGAAAGCGGGGUGGACUUGUGACAGGCAGCAGCCCCCGCCUGGGCUCCCGCUCCUUCGAGGAUGCCCCGCACUGCCCGGGCGUGAGGAGGGCUUCUGCCAGGGAGCUACCAAAAGGAAGAGAGAGAGAGAGAGAAAAAAAGAGGCAGCUGAGCUUUUGGCUCCCUCCAUGCCCGAAGCUGCCCGCGCCGCUGGCCCCGCAGCAGGAGGCACCAUGAUUUCCUAACGGGCUCGUUCGACUCGCGCUUCGCUUCGCGCUUCCACGGUCUCCCCUCCCCUCCCUCUCCCCGCUCUCCAUGGAAUUACUCUGCUGGAAGGGGCGCUGCUGAAGAACUCAGCUUUGCUCGGGACAGGCGAGCCUCCCCUCCCCGCCCCCGCGAAAGGCAAGUUUGUCCCAUCCUGGACGCACUUUGAAGAAGAGGCGCUCAAGUUGGGGGGAAAAAAACAACAAACCUCCAGCAACCGAGGUGGGGUCUGAUGCUGAUUGUUGACCUAAUCAGCAUUCCCGCUCUAGGAAAUUUUGGCACUCAACAUAAUUCCCACAGUAUGGCUGGAAAUCAUCCCUCUGUCUGGCAAGUGGCUCAGCACCUCAAAAUGCCUCAAGAACAGUAUGCCCAGAGAAGCACCAUGCAGAGCUCAGAAGGACCACAUGUAUACAAAGUGGGAAUUUAUGGUUGGCGGAAGAGGUGCCUCUAUUUCUUUGUGCUACUUCUAAUGAUUCUAAUCCUGGUGAAUCUUGCCAUGACCAUCUGGAUUCUCAAAGUUAUGAAUUUCACAAUUGAUGGAAUGGGAAAUCUAAGGAUUACAGAAAAAGGUUUAAAGCUAGAAGGAGAUUCGGAAUUCUUGAAACCUCUCUACGCCAAAGAAAUCCGGUCCAGGACAGGCAACCCUCUGUACUUCCAGUCUGCUCAGAAUGUUACAGUGAACAUUCUCAAUGAGGAGAGUAAAGUUCUUACACGUCUGGUAACAGGUCCCAAAGCAGUGGAAGCCUACAGCCAAAAAUUUCAAGUGCUAACCACUUCAGGGAAAUUGUUAUUUUCUGCAGAUGAUAAUGAAGUGGUCGUUGGAGCAGAAAGACUGAAAGUUUUAGGAGCAGAAGGCACAGUGUUCCCCAAAUCUAUAGAAACUCCUAAUGUCAGGGCAGACCCCUUCAAGGAACUAAGACUUGAGUCUCCAACACGCUCUUUAGUGAUGGAGGCUCCCAAGGGAGUUUUGAUCAAUGCUGAGGCUGGCAACCUGGAAGCAACAUGCAGGACGGAGCUUAAGCUGCAAUCCAAAGAUGGUGAGAUAAAGUUGGAGGCUUCAAAAAUCAAACUACCUAGAUUGCCUCAGGGAUCCUACUCCCCUUCAGGAUCCAAUCAAAAAAUCUAUGAGCUGUGUGUAUGUUCCAAUGGGAAGCUGUUUUUGUCCCAGGCUGGAUCUAGCUCCACCUGCCAGAUAAACCCAAGUAUCUGCCUUUGAAAGAGACUGUUUGCAGCAGACUUCAUGGCAAGACAGUUAAGCUGCCACUUAAUUUUGCUAGAACACAGAAAGCCUAUCAAAGACUUGUGUGUAUGUUUGGGGGGAGGGGGGCGUGUGCGUGCAUGUGUGUGUGUGUGUGUGUGUGUGUGAAUAUAUAAAUAUAUAGAUAUAUAUAGAUACAAGUAUAUAUAGAUAUAUAUAUCCUUUCCAUAAAAUGAGGUUUCAGUACAAGAAAUUCCAGGGUGACCCUCUUGGUGUAGCAUUUAUCAUUCCUGCAUCAAAAUGUAAGAACUAUGAGUGAACUGGAUGCAGAUCUUUUCCAGAGUAUUCAGAUUGUUGAACGUAUGUCUCCAUUUGUCAAGGGUUUUCAAGCCUCUCCAAAUUUAAAAGCUAGUUCACAUAUAACAUUUAAUCUACAUAACUAAGAAGAAAUUCUAUCAUGUCACAAGAGGCCGCACCCCAUGUUUAAUCUGCCGUGUGUAAAGGCACUAGAUCUGCAAUUGUGGUAUCCCCAGCUGUCUAGGAAAGGGAGAUAGAGAGGUUACAUUUAUAUGAUGCUGAACACAGAUUCCUGUUGGUGCUGUUGGUUCUUCUGUGGCCAUAUAGAUAUCUGUAUCUGUGGAGAAAGGGUGUUGUAUAUAAAGACAACCUAAAUGUGAAACCAAAAAGGCAAAGGCAGCCCUCCUCAUGAAGGUAAGAAACCAAAAAGGAAGGUAGAAUAUAUCCAAGCUACAAGUAAAGGCUUUCAGUAAACAGAAGAACAGAACGAGUUUAAAACAUAUAUAAAACAAACCACUCUUGGAGCAGUUUACAGAGUCUGCAUAUUGCUUCCAACAAUCUGGGUCUGCAUUUUACCCAUCUCGGAAGGAUGGAAGACUGAGAUAACUUUGAGCCAGUCAGGAUCGAACUCCAGGCUGUGAGCAGAGUUAGCCUGCAAUGCUGCAUUCUAACCACUGGGCCACCAUAUACCAUAUAAUCAGAAGAGGCUUUAAGAAGGGCCUGGGAAUGGUGUCUUGGAAGCAAAUCAUCUGAUCAUUACAAACAUUCCCUGCAAAAAAAAUAGUGAUUAAGGAACAAUAGUAGCAGCAAAAAGAAAAACCUUUUCAAUCAUACUGUUAAAACCAAAAACCUAAAAUGAAUUGCACUUCAGAAAAGGUGAUAGGAAGCAUGUGGUUUAUGAUCUGCCCACCACGACUCUGCAUCUUCUAUUGUGGAAAAGGCACAUGAUUCAUGCAAUUGAUUCCUUAGCUGAUCCCCAAAUGCGUUUGUAAUAGUCUAGUAAAAUAGAACUGGUCUAUAACUUCCAAGAUUUGGGGGAACACAUAAGUUAUUGGUUACUCUUCUGACAAGCUUGAAACUUCAAGCCAGUUUUGAGGCUUUCUGAUCUAGAGCACACCAAGAACUUCCUAGCAAGUCAGCUGAAUUCAGUUUAGAUAACAUUUUCACUACUGGUUUCAGUAGAGUUUGGAUUAAGCCAUUUCUAAAUAUAAUUAGGUGCUUCAAGUCAUCGGUUAAAAAGUCUUGAAGACACCAGUAAAGUGCACUUUUGAUGGACAGUAAAAUGCAUAGUUGCAGAUUAGAUUUGCAGUGCAAUCCUAGACAUUCUUACUCAGAAGUAAGGUCAAAUACGCUCUAUGGGGUUUACUUUACAUAGUUAGGGGUGCAGCCUUAGUGACUAUAUUAAGUCUUUAAAGCAUUGGCUAACUCGGUGGUUGUUGCAAAGUACUUUUUGAGCUACUUAUAUGCAAGGGGGUCACCCAGGAUAAUAAUUGUAUUGGGACACAACUAUAUACCAUCUCUGUUAAAAGAGGGAGACUUGUGCCUAUGCCUUAAGUCAAUGCACUCAGCAAGGAGAAGCACAUCAAUAUUUAUCUUAUUAUUAAAACCAUUUUAUCUGAUAUUUUAGACUAAAUGUUGGAAAGAAUGGUGAUUGUAAUGUUUGGAAGAUGAAUGCGGACUUAUGAGGUAGACUUAACUAAAACUGCCAAGGCUGAGAGGCACUGGUAACCUCAAUCUUGUUUUUGUCUGAGUAAUGAACAUCUAAAUUUAUACUGAAGGUACAACUUCAAAUCAUCAGAUGUGUUUGUGAAUUGUG